AAAACCCUUCCGAUUAUUUAUAUUCUCAUCUUCCUCUCACCGCCUCAGCUGCUAAUAAACCGUAACUCACUCAAGCUAUUCUUCCUCGAUUGUCAGCUAUGGAGUUCUGGGGAGUCGAAGUUCAAGCAGGGAAGCCGCUUAAAGUGACGCCUGGAUAUGACUCUAUUGUCCACAUCUCUCAUGCAUCGCUUGGAGAUUGUAAAGGAAAGAAAGGAGAAGCUGUGACUUUGAAUGUGAAGGAGUUUGAGCUUUCUCACAACUGGGGAAAAGGAAGUGUCCACUUUGUUGGAUUCAAAUGUCCCAACAACAAAGAUGAUGAGGGAGGAGAAGACUUUUCUGAUUCAGAGGAAGAAGAGGAAGUUGAAGUUCCUGUCCCUGUUGCAGCUAAUGGGAAUGCUGCAAAAGCCGUAGCAAACCCAAAGCCUGUGACUGCACCAGAUGAUUCUGAUUCUGAAGGAAUGGAUGAAGACUGUUCUGAUGAUGAAGAUGAUUCAGAGGAAGAAGAGGAGACACCUAAGGCUGAAACAAGGAGAAAGAGAGCACAUGAAGCCGCACCCGCACCUAAGACACCUGUGUCUGCAAAGAAGGCUAAAGCAGCAGAAGCUACUCCUAAGAAAACAGAGGAGAAGAAGAAAGGCGGACCUGCAACCCCCCACCCGGCAAAGAAAGGUGGAAACACACCUGCAACUGCAACGCAGAGCCCAAAGUCUGCAAGUCAAGUCUCAUGUGGUUCAUGCAAGAAGACAUUCAACUCAUCGAACGCACUUGAGUCUCACACCAAGGCCAAGCACUCUGCUACCGCUAAGUAAAGUGGUUUCCUAAGAGUAACAACUUCGGCCGUUUUGGAUCUCGGUAGGAGAAUUAUGAAAUCUUUUUGAACUUUGGCUGUAGCCUUUUGAAACCUUUCGGAUUUGUAUUUUCCAGUUACCAAUAUAUAAUUCAGUAUUCUGUCUUAGACCA